AUGGACGAGUCCAUUUUGAAGGCACCACCCCUCGAAGUUGUUGUGAGCCUCGGAAUCAUUUCACCGGCAAACUCGGAUCAAGUUUCUCGCAGGAGGAGGAUGAACGUGAAUUUCUCCUCUAUUUUGGCAUAUUUUGCCUUACUUGUGCCGUUUUCAAGUCAAACAACAAGACAGAAAAGGGAUGCAACCGACACGCAGCCUAAAAUCAUUACAAACAAUGGACAUCUAAUGUUCCAAACUGGUGUAAACCAUAAUAUCACAUUCCAAUCAAACUCUGCUACAGGGGGAUAUAUAAAUAUAGAUGGUGUUAACUUCAAGACAAUAAUAGAAAAUGUAAAAACUAAUAAAGAAGAUAUAGAUAAUUUAAAAAAUAAUGGAGGGAGCAAUUUAGAGACUCGGGUCCAGAGUUUAGAGCAGAGCUUAGCUAACCUACAGCCCACUGGGAGUGUUCUACAACAACUCAAUGAGCUCACGUCGCAAAUUGCUGCACUCUCAACAAGGGUUAGCUCUUUAGAAUCUGGUAGUGGUGGAGAUGCAACUUUAGCUGAGAAGGUCCGAACUUUAGAAACUCAAGUGGCAAGGUUAAAUACGCUUCUGUCCAGCAAUGAAUGCCAGAGCAACCCAUGUAGGAAUGGAGGAACCUGUGUGGACCAGUUCAAUAGCUUCUUCUGCAGAUGUCCAAGCAACUGGCAGGGUGUUACAUGCGACCAGGAUGUGAAUGAGUGCGCAAUCUAUGCAGGAACAGACUUGGGUUGUCAAAAUGGAGCCACAUGUAUUAACACAAAUGGAGGUUACACUUGCCAAUGUACUGCCAACUGGAAUGGUAUUCGCUGUACAGAGAGCCAUGAUGAUUGUACAGGGGCUUCUAAUGAGGCACUCUGUGGCCAUGGGACCUGUGUCAACACUCCCAGGGUGCAACCCGGACUGCCAAAAUACAAAUGUAUUUGUAAUGAAGGCUGGACGACUGAUGGUUCAAACCCUGCAUGUACCACUGAUGUAGAUGAAUGUAGUGGGAACACACCUAGAUGUUCUGUUGACCCACCUGUCAGGUGUAUUAAUCUACCUGGAACUUUUAUCUGUGAAUCCUGUCCAGCAGGGUAUUCUGGGAAUGGUUAUGCAUGUGUGGAUAUCAAUGAAUGUCUUACCAACAAUGGAGGUUGUUCCCAGGCACCCAGAGUGGAAUGCAUCAACACACCAGGCUCUAGAAGAUGCGGUGCAUGUCCUCAAGGAUAUGAAGGUGAUGGUGUAACAUGUAUCUGGCGGGGCAUUUGUAGUGUCAACAAUGGAGGAUGUUACCCAACAGCCUCUUGUUCCGAGAGUCCCAAUUUGGAUGGCAGGACAUGUACCUGUCCCCCAGGCUAUAUUGGCAAUGGUGUGGGCAACAGUGGUUGUGUACAACAAGGGGGUGGUGGUACAACUGAUGCUUGCUCUAAUAACCCUUGUGAGCAUGGACGUUGCCAGGUUAGUGGGAGCUCCUAUGUUUGCAAUUGUGACCCUGGUUUCACUGGGACUCGCUGCACCAUUAACAUUGAUGAGUGUCAGAGCCAACCCUGCCAGAAUGGAGGUACAUGUAUUGAUGGAGUGAAUGCCUAUAGAUGUCGCUGUACUAGCUCAUUCACAGGAACCAACUGUGAGGAGGCCCAAGAAACAUGCGGUGGUAGACUGGAUGGGGACAGUGGCUCAUUCCGCUACCCACGGACUAGUGGCACCAACUACCCACAUAGUGUCAGCUGUGCAUGGGUUAUUACAGUCUCUACAAAUAAGAUCAUCAUGGUGUCAUUCAACAGUUUCAACAUAGAAUACCAUGCAAACUGCGACUAUGAUUUUCUACAAAUCAAUGAUGGACCAUCUGCAUCAUCUCAUCCUAUUGGAAAGUUCUGUGGGACCCAAUCACCCAUUAAUGGCCAGGGAUUCAACAGCACUCAUAAUCAGCUUUAUUUCUGGUUCCGCUCUGAUGCCUCUGUAGCUAGUGAUGGAUUCGAGGUCUCUUGGACAUCGGCAAACCCAGUUUGUGGAGGUGACUUAAUAGGUUCAGACCAUGGUUCUAUCAACAGUCCAGGUUACCCUGGCAACUACCCUAACAACAGAGAUUGUGUUUGGACAGUGUCUGUGUCACCAGGGUAUAUCAUUCAGUUCAGCUUCGCAACACUCAGUCUAGAACACCAUGAAACAUGCGAUUAUGAUUACAUUGAGAUUCGAGAUGGCCUUCUUGAUACAGACUCCCAGCUUGCUAAAUACUGCAGCACCCAGGACCCUGCCCCCCUGUCAACCACAGGGCCUUAUGCAUGGAUCAAGUUCCAUUCUGACGCCUCAGAGACAGAUCGUGGCUUUCACAUUACAUAUGCCGCCAACCAAGCUCCCAGUGGUUGUGGAGGAGCUUUCACUGAGGAAUCUGGUGUGGUGAUCUCUCCCAACUACCCCAACCCCUAUCCCCAUGACGCCCAAUGUGUCUGGACAAUAACAGGACCAGAGAGUGAGAAACUUAAACUGAUCUGGACCAACAUGGACCUAGAGGACCAUUCUGGAUGUAGCUGGGACUAUGUUGAGCUUCGAGAUGGUGCUGAUGAGACAGCUGACUUUGUUGGUAGAUAUUGUGGCACUACAGUCCCUGCACCUUUCACAUCUAACAGCAACACGCUGUGGCUCAAGUUUAAAUCGGAUGCCUCUAAUAGACAGAGUGGAUUUAGGGCAACAUGGGAAACAGCAUGUGGAGGUACAUUUUCUCAGCCUACGGGAGAGCUAGUGUCCCCCUAUUUCCCAGGAAACUACCCCAGUGAGAAAACCUGCACAUAUCUCAUAGACCAGCCUGUUGGCUACACUAUCACCUUGACCUUUGUCACCUUUGACAUUGAAGGCCAUGAGACCUGUAAUUAUGACUUUUUAGAGGUUAGAAAUGGAGCCUCAGCUGAAGGCUCUCUUAUAGGUACAUAUUGUGGUGCCACUGCUCCUGCACCUAUAGUGUCCACUGCUAACAGUCUUUGGCUGAAGUUCCAGUCAGAUGGCAGUGUACAGAACAAUGGAUUCAAGGCUACAUAUACAACCAAUGAUAAUGGAGGCACUGGAUCAGGAUGUGGAGGAAGUUUGACAGAGAAUGUUGGAGCUUUCCAGAGUCCAGGCCACCCUGAUGUUUACCCACAUGGAAUACAGUGUGCCUGGUACAUAACUGUGGCUGAGGGAUUGGUCAUACGACUAACUUUCAGUACAUUUAGCCUGGAGGAUCAUUCCGACUGCAACUAUGACUAUGUGGAGGUCUAUGACAAUUCUACUACAACUGAAACUGGAGGAUUGCUAGGAAGGUAUUGUGGGUCAUCUACACCUCCUGUGCUGACAUCAGCGGAGAAUGUAAUGACAGUGAUCUUCCACUCAGAUGCCAGUGUUGCACAACAAGGUUUCGCAGCAUCUUACGUUGGUCUCAAUGCAACUACAUUGUGUGGUGGAGACCUUACAGAUGAGACAGGUCUGAUAACAAGUCCUAACUACCCCAACAACUAUUUCCACUCAAGAGAAUGUGAGUGGACAAUAGUGUUGUCCCAGGGCAAGCAGAUCCUACUGAACAUCACUGAUUUCAUCAUGGAGAGCCAUUCCAGCUGCAAUUAUGACUACCUCGAAAUAAGAAAUGGUGGCUAUCAUAGUUCUCCUUUGAUUGGCAAGUAUUGUGGUACACAGAUAGAGCCAAUCAUCCGCUCAGAUAGCAACAGAAUGUACCUGAAGAUGGUCACUGACUCCUCCCAGUCUGCGAGAGGCUUUCAGAUCUAUUACGAUGGAACCACAUCAGGAUGCGGUGGAUCACUGACAACCCCCACUGGUAGUUUUGUGUCCCCCAACUAUCCCCUGGCCUAUGGACACAAUGCUGAAUGCUACUGGACGAUCACAGUAGCCAGAGGCAGUACUAUCAAUCUAGUCUUUGUAGACUUUGAUAUUGAGACUCACGGGACUUGUGCUUACGAUUAUGUUCAAGUGAAAGAAAAGGACAUAAAUGGUAACGAGUUGGGUAGGUUUUGUGGAGAGUCGGCACCUAACCCUCUUACAUCUGUAACCAAUCAACUAUGGGUUAAGUUCAGGACUGAUGUAUCAGAAGCUGGGCGAGGAUUCCACGCCUCAUACUUCUCAAUUUGUAACAACAGACUGACAGACUUCAGAGGCGUUAUAGAAUCACCAAAUUUCCCAGAUCCCUAUCCUCAUGAUCGCAACUGCACUUGGGUAAUAGAGGCCUCCAUUGGUAAUACAGUGAAUGUUUCAUUCUCUCAUUUCGCCUUAGAAGACCACUCCAACUGCCGUUAUGAUUUUGUGGAGUUUCGAGAUGGGGAGGAUGCAAGUGCUACUUCAUUGGGUAAAUACUGUGGAGAAAACAUGCUACCCCCUGAUAUAGCCAGUACAGGACAGUAUCUCUAUAUACAGUUUGUGUCUGACUCCUCAGUGGCUAGCAAUGGCUUCAGACUGGAGUAUGUGAUGAAUGGAUGUGGAGGAGAUCUCACUGGACCAACAGGUGAGCUCAGCAGCCCUAAUUAUCCAAACCCCUAUCCAAACAGGAGGGAGUGUCUUUGGAAGAUCACAGUGGAGAUUGGAAUGAGGGUGGAGCUGUCCAUUGAUGACUUUGACUUAGAGAGUCAUAGUGAAUGCAACUAUGAUGUUCUUGAGGUAUAUGGGGGACGAGAUGACCUGGCCCCUCUGUUGACUAAGCUAUGCCACACCCAGACUACAGUGCAGAAAGUUACUGCUACAGGGAACACAAUGUUCCUUAGGUUUAAGAGUGAUGUCUCACAGGCUGGUAAGGGUUUCCAUGCAACAUACAGAGCACUCACUGGAGGUUGUGGUGGCAACUUUUCUACCCCAACUGGUACAAUUGUCUCUCCAAAUUAUCCCUCUGCCUAUCCCAGUAACACAGACUGUGAAUGGGUCAUUAGUGUUGAGCAACAUAAAAAGGUGGAGCUAACUUUUGAAGAUUUUGAUGUUGAAGGUCAUGCGACGUGUACCUAUGAUGCUGUCAGUGUAUAUGAUGGAGAGAGCCAGGCAUUCCCACUAUUGUUGAAGGCAUGUGGCAAUGGACUCCCAAACCCAAGUAUGAUAAGGUCAUCAGCAGAAGACAUGUACAUCAGAAUGGACUCAGAUGGAUCAGUACAAGCUAGAGGCUUUAAGGCAUCAUACAAGCUUGGCUGUGGUGGUACAAUGGAUGCUGAAGAUGAUGGUGAGAUAUUUUCUCCCAACUAUCCAGCAGUUUAUCCAGCUAAUUCUAACUGUAGCUGGUUGAUCCUAGCUGACCAUGAAGGAGACAGAGUGACCUUGACUAUGACACAUCUUGACCUUGAGGACCUCAACGCUAAUUGCAGCCAUGACUAUGUUGUAGUCAAGGAUGGGAACAAUGAAUUUGCCCCAGAUAUAGGCGUAUACUGUGGAACCACCAUACCUGCCCCAAUAACCUCUCAAGGACCAGCCCUUUAUGUGACAUUUGUAUCUGAUUUGAGUGACCAGAGAACUGGCUUCAGGGCUGUCUACUCAAAAUCUAUAUCAUCAUGUGGAGGAGACCUGACAUCAGAACAUGGAGCUUUCAACAGCCCUGGAUUCCCCAACAACUACCCCAACAGUGUGGAGUGCAUAUGGACCAUGACAGCCUCUGCAGGCAACAGAAUACAACUUGUCUUCAGUUUCUUCGAUCUGCAGAAUGAUGUUUAUUGUAACUUUGACUAUGUGGAGGUGCGUGAUGGAGGCCUUGGGGGUACAUUGCUCGGACGUUUCUGUGGUAACAACAUCCCCGCAAACAUGACUGUAGGUCAGAACCUGUGGGUAAAGUUUAGAAGUGACCAGGGAACAACUGGCCAGGGAUUCCAGGCCCAAUAUGCCACAUUAUAUGGAGGAGAUUUGUCCGGAUCAUCAGGGCAGAUUGCAUCUCCUCUCCACCCAUCUAGUUAUCCUAAUAAUGCGCAUUACACUUGGACUGUGACAGUCCCCAGCGACCACUAUGUUAGGAUCACCUUCCAGCUGAUCGAUAUUGAAGGCUCUUUUGGUAGAUGUUCAUAUGAUUAUAUCAAGUUCAGGGAUGGCUUGUUUGAGACGAGUCCUGAAAUCUUUACAACAUGUGGAACAGCUCUCCCAGAUCCUUUCUCCAGUACAGGGAACACAAUACACAUAGAAUUCCACACUGACUUCUCUGGUGUAGGCCAAGGUUUCCUCUUAGACUGGGAGGCCACAGCAUCAGCUGUUGUUACCCCAACAAUACCACCAGUAACAAACCCAAUUUCCGGCUGUGGUGGUGAACUGACAGCUGUUGGUACACAGCAGGCCUUCACUUCUCCUGGUUAUCCUAAUGGCUAUGCAAACAGUCUGUCAUGUACUUGGGUGUUGAGAGCAGAACAGGGGAACAAAGUCUGGUUCAACAUAUCUGAUAUUGACCUGGAAUCACAUGGUUCUUGUAACUAUGACAAAGUCACAGUAUUUGAUAAUGAUAGCCCCAGCAAUUUCUUCAAACUCGGGGAAUACUGUGGUAGAGAAGGCAAUACCAACCCCCUAUUGUCUACCAGGAAUGUCAUGACAGUUCAGUUUACCACUGACUCCAGCGUCAACAGAACAGGCUUCAUGGCUAACUUUAAGACAGCCUGUGGAGGUAGACUGACUACUCCUGUUGGGGUGAUAAUGAGUCCUAGUUUCCCCACCAACUAUCCUGCCAACUCUGAUUGCAUCUGGAUAGUACAGGUGGCCACUGGUCGCACAGUCUCUUUGUUAUUUGAGACCUUUGAUAUUCAGCGCUCAGCUGAUUGCUCAGCAGAUUACUUGCAGUUGUUGAAUGGAGGAACAGCCAGUUCACCCCCUCUUGGAUCAUCCUCCAGUGGACGCUACUGCGGCAACUCCGCCCCAACAUUGCCUGCAACCAGCAGUAAUCUUCUCUUUGUGAAGUUCGCUUCCGAUGCCACUGGGAGCACACAGGGCUUCAAGGCCACCUAUCGAGAGGAAUCUGUGACAUGUGGAGGGCGUUAUACGUUGACAACAUCAGUCACAAGUGGUACUAUCAUGUCACCAAAUUAUCCCCAGAAUUACCCACAGAAUUCUGACUGUGUAUGGGUGAUCACUGCCCCCACUACAGACAGGAUACAGAUAGAUGUCGAUUCCGAUUUUUACAUUGAACAGCAUGGAAGUUGUCAAUAUGACUUCCUCAAUGUCCUUGAUGGUGGCACCGAGAACUCGCCAUCUAUUGGUAAAUAUUGCGGAACGACUGCUCCAAGCUCCCUCUUUUCUACAGACAAUGUCAUAUACAUUCGGUUCAGAUCAGAUGAUAGUGUGGCUCACAAAGGUUUCAGAGCAACAUACAAAAUAGCCACAUGUGGUGGUACAGUUAGCGGAGACAGUGGCUCCAUCAUGAGCCCCAACUAUCCAGCAAACUAUGAUAACUCCGCUAACUGUGAGUGGUACAUCCAAGGUCCAACUGGUCACUAUCUUACCUUGACAUUUGAAGCUUUCAACCUUGAAGCCAGCUCUAACUGUGCAUCAGCUGAUUAUGUAAGGAUUAGGGAGCUUAAUGGAACUGGCCUUGGUGAAGGUAGCAUAGGGGCUGAACUGGGAGAAUUUUGUGGUAACACAAUCCCUCAACCAGUUGAUACCUCUGACAACUCUGCUCAUGUAACAUUCAGGUCUAACAAUGCAAAUGCAUACUCUGGAUUCAAGCUCAACUAUGUAGCCAGUUUGGAAGUAUGCGGUGGAGACUUCACAGCACCAACAGGUGUAUUCACCAGCCCCAAUUUCCCAGGGCAGUACCCCCAUUCCAGGCAGUGCUCAUGGCGUAUUACAGUAGCCACAGACAGGCGUGUAACACUUCAGUUCACAUCCUUUAAUCUUGAACCUGGUUUAAGUUGCAGCUAUGACUAUGUUCUGGUGCGUAAUGGACUUCGCCCAACCUCUCCAGUGAUAGCCCGGCUGUGUGGAAAUGAUGUCCCUGAUGUCAUUGAGAGCAGUGGCAACACUAUGCUUGUUGCAUUUGUAUCUGAUGGUUCGGAGUCAAAUGGAGGAUUCAGUGCCACCUAUAGUUCAAAUAAUGAACCUAAAUGUGGUGGUACAUACCCUAAUGUAGAGGCAGGUGCCCCUACAGGCGUUAUCCAGUCUCCAGGCUAUGAGCAGGGUGGCUAUAACAACAGUGAGGAAUGUGUUUGGGUGCUCAGCUCAGAUCAUGCCACCAUUGGCAAGUCUUGGCUGGUCAAAUUCCUGGACUUUGCUCUGGAGAACCAUGGUGAAUGCAGAUAUGAUUAUUUGGAAGUCAGAGAAGGCACUGAUGAGACUGGUACCCUAGUGAGCAGAUUCUGCAACAAUGAGACCAUACCAGAACCCAUUAUAUCUCCCAGUCCCUCAGUCUGGAUGAUGUUUAGCACUGACACGUCACAGACAGAUAGAGGCUUUUCACUAGAAUACAGUGUUUCCAAUUGUGGUGGCAUAUUGACUGAUUCUGCUGGAGAGAUAACAAGUCCCAACUACCCUAACAAUUAUGACCAUGAUGAUGCAUGCGCUUGGCUUAUACAGGGCCCAGAGAACUCGCAGAUCACGGUGACUGUGACUGAUCUGGGUAUUGAAAACCAUGACCAGUGUAACUACGAUUAUCUUGAGUUCUUCAAUGGUGGCAGUUACUCAUCUCCAUCUAUUGGCAAGUUCUGUGGCAGUAACAAACCAGAAGUGUUCAAGUCUCAGAGCAACUUGGUCAGGAUUGUCUUCAAGUCUGAUGGAUCUUCCUCUGCAAGGGGAUUCAGGUUGACAUAUACAGCAGAUUCUGGAGGUUGUGGAGGUACAUACCACUCUCAGACAGGCACACUAAUGUCUCCUAACUUCCCCAGUAAUUAUCCACACAACACUGAAUGUAUCUGGGAGAUAAUUGUCGAUUCUGGCUACCAUGUUCUCCUUCAGUUUGAUGAUCGGUUUGAGAUUGAGCGCGAGAACAACUGCACAUAUGAUUAUGUAGAGGUGUCUGACUAUCUGGAUGAUGGUUCUAUGCCAGUUCUAGGCAGGUUCUGCUCCAGUGUUAAGCCAGAUGAUGUACGUUCCACUUCAAGCAGAAUGAGGGUGAAGUUCCGUUCAGAUCCAUUCACAAAUGCUAAUGGUUUCUCUGCAAACUGGACCACAGGAUGUGGAGCCAUCUAUACCAAAGAUAAAGAUAUUAUCCAAUCACCAGGCUUCCCUAACAAUUAUGCGAACAACCUCCACUGUGAAUACCUGAUCUCCGUCGACCCACAAAAAUACGUUGUGUUCCAGUUCAAGGAGAAUGGCUUCAGUAUUGAAGGUGAUGGAAGUGCCUUGAAUUUUACUGGAGAUAACCCAAAUAUCACUGCAAUCAUCAAGGCUCCCAUUUUGAUAGGUCCAAGUGAAGUUCCAAAUGCUGGGUUUGAAUGUAGGUACGACUACAUUGAAGUAUUUGCUGGAAACAGCACAGAUACUGGUUCACUUGGAAAGUUCUGUGGAGCCACUCCUCCCCAGCCUUUCAGCUCCCUGGGACAGAUGCUCAUAAUAUUUCACACUGACAGUUCCAUCACCGAUAGAGGGUUCAAGGCAGAGUAUGUAGCCUCAGAUUGUGGAGGAGUGUUCACAGAACCUACAGGCAUCAUACGUACACCAACCCACCCUGUAGAUUACCAUAACAACCACAACUGUUCCUGGUAUAUCACUGUACAGGAAGACAGGGUAGUUGAGCUCAAGUUUGACCUCUUUGAUGUUGAGCCGCACACAAGAUGUGCAUAUGAUUACGUGGAAGUCUUUGAUGGGCCUGAUGGAUAUGCUCCAAAGAUUGGUAGAUUCUGUGGUGAUGUCAUUCCUGAUACAAUCAGGAGUACCGAAAACACUCUCUAUGUGAAUUUCAUCACAGAUGCCAGUGUUACAAAGGGAGGCUUCAGUGCUGCUUAUACAACAACAUUUGGUAUUAACCAAGGUUGUGGAGGUCUGCUGAACCAGAGUUCAGGUAGCAUAGGGUCUGUAGAUGCUACUGGCAAUGGAUACUAUGAGAACAACCUGGACUGUACCUGGCAGAUCAUCGUGCCCAAUGAUAAUAUUGUCAAGGUUACAUUCCUACAGAUGGAUCUCGAGAGUGAUAUUGGAUGUGGUUAUGACUAUGUUGAGGUACGAGAUGGAUUUUUCAAAGAGGAUGCAGUUAUUGGCAAGUUCUGUGGCAAUAGCUUGCCAUCUGUCAUCCUUGCCUCUUCCAACACGUUGUAUGUUAGUUUUGUCUCUGAUAGCAGCAUCACCAGGUCUGGCUUCAAUUUCACCUUUGAGGGAGUUCCAGCUGACUGUGGUGGAGUACAUAGUGUAACAACAGCCAUGCAGACCAUCACAUCCCCCGAGUACCCUGGUAACUACCCUCACAAUCUAAGGUGUCGAUGGACCCUAGACGCCCCUGAGAAUCAACAGAUCUACCUGGAAGUCACAGACAUAGAUAUAGAAGAUGAGAGCUCUUGCCAAUAUGAUUACAUGGAGAUCAGAGAUGCACCUCUUGGUCUAAAUGGUCAGUCUGUUCAUGCUUGUGGGACGGUAGCGCCACCUGCAUUCCGUUCCCUAGACCGUAAUGCCCAGAUCAACUUUGUCACUGAUGGCUCAUCCGCUGGAAAAGGCUUCUCCCUUAAUUACAUGAUAGCAUCAUGCAACAGAACAUAUGAAGGAGACAAUGGACGAAUACUGAGCCCUGGUUACCCUGGCAACUAUCCUGUAAAUGCAUUCUGUGAGGUGUCAGUGACAGUUCCUGAGGGUCAUGGUCUCAGUUUGUUCUUUAACCAGUUCUAUAUUGAACCCCACACACAGUGCAGAUAUGACUACUUAGAGGUGUAUAAUGGUUCUGACGACAGUGCUGUCCUGAUCCAGAAGCUGUGUGGCAGUUCUAUUCCUAACCCAAUCUUCCCAUCUGGCAACAGUGUCUUCAUGAGAUUUAUCACAGAUGCUUCUCUAACUCACCUUGGCUAUGACAUCACAUAUACAUCAUCACCAAAUGGCUGUGGAGGUAAUAUAACUUCAACAUCUGGUAGCUUGACCAGCCCUGGCUACCCAGGAAACUACCCUCAUGACAAGACAUGUGAAUGGCUUAUAACUGUACCUAAAAGACGUGUAGUUAAGCUGAAGUUUAGUGACUUUAACAUGGAAGCCCACUCAAGCUGCCAGUCUGAUUACCUAGCUGUUUAUGAUGGACCCGAUUCAGGGGCUAGACUUCAUGGCCGUUACUGUGGGGCUGUGAAUCCAGCAGACUUUGAUUCGUCAACCAAUCAGAUCUUUAUUCAGUUUAGAUCAGACUCAGCAGAUUCAGGAACUGGCUUCAGAGUUGAAUUCUCUAGUUAGUUUCCCUAACCAUCAGUAGAUGGCAUUGCUCACUAAUUACAAAACAUUCGUCAAACGAAAUAUUCAAUUACGGUAAUCACAUAUCCAACUAAUUACUGUUAUGGUGAUUACUUGGUUAUUGAACCUGUUCAACCCGAUUCUAUUUAGAGUAAUAAGCUAUUAUUAAAAUUUGAGGAAAUAGUGAGCACUUACUUAGAAAUCCGAGACUAAUGUUUAAAUUGUGUUGAGUGCAGUGUUGUAUUUAAUGGCUCGCAUUACACAGCACCAAUCUUAUAAAAUAUGUGAACACGUAAUAUGAUGUUACGAAAAAGGGACCAAACAGCUGAAGACUUCAAUGUGUAGUUCAACUUAGAAUUCCAACCAUUUUUAGAACUAACAUUCCCAUUUUUUGUUGGUGUAUUUAUGCUUCUUACAUUGUUUUUGCCUGUCAUGGUUUUGAUAAAUUUACCUUAUCUGUGGUUUUUAUCUGUGGUUUUUGUUGAUUUGCCUUAAGUUAUGGUUGUAUAAAAGAUUUGUCCCAUUGUUGGUUGUAAUAAAAUUGUGCAAUCAUCAUAAUCAUUGGUUAUAUGUCAUAUCAAUGAAAUUAUUCUAUCUUUGAUUAUAAUAAAAUUAUCAUAUCAUUGGUUUUAAUGAAAUUAUUCUGUCUUUGGUUCUAAUAAAAUUGUCCCAUUGUUUUUUUUUGUAUUAAAAUUGUCCAAUUCUUGAUUGUGAUUGAAUAAUUGUAUCAUUGGUUUUAAAAUAAAAUUGUCAUAUCGUUGGUUUUAAUGAAAUUGUCCCAUCCUUGUUUGUAUUAAAAUUGUCAUAUUAUUGAUCGAAAUAGAAUUACCCUAUCAUUGACUCUCAUACUAUUAUAUAUGUGUAAUUAUGAUUUAUUUCAGAGACAUAAAUGUACUAUUUGUCUCUGUUUCUGUUGUGGUGUCAGUUUCAGUUUAAUUUUAGUGUUGAAUAUCAUUGAGAAACACCCUUAUUAAUGAAUGUUAUGCCUAUCAUAGUUGUAUAUAAUUGUAUAUCAUUUUCGAAUGAUGUGAUUGUGUUAUGUUAAUAAGUAACAUUACCUAGUAUGCGUGAUAUAAGUGUGUAUUUCAUAGGUAUAUUGUCUAAUUACAUACUGACUGUCAAACGAUUCGACAUAAAAUUUUGAUUUUUUGUAUUUGAGAUCAGAGGAAUGUGUAUGUGAAAUUUUUGACAUACAGUAUUUUCAUUGUUAUGUAUAUAUUUUAAAUUGUUUGAUCUACACAAUUGUUAAUGGAAAUGUUAUAUUACUGUUGUGAACUGUGACUGAAAGAUGAAAGUUAUUUCAGUUAUUAUUAUGUUUAAGAUAAUAACUUGAAAUUAUGGUAAAAAUAAGAUUGAAAAUAAUUUAGAUCAACGGGACAAUUAUUCCAAGUGAAUCAAGGUAUUCUAGAGUUGCGGACCUUUUUUUCCUGUGACUAUUCUCUUGAAAAAUGAUAAAAGUGUAUAACAUGUCACUUAACACCUUAGUCAUGUGAGAAAUAUGGUUGUUGUUACCCGCAGACAUUUUGAUUAGAUAUUAUUAAAGGUAUUUUUCAUUUGUGUCAUAAGUGUACAGUGUCACUAACUAAUAAUAUAUGAAGUAUAAUUAAAGCUUCAUAGGAUAUGAAGAAUUCUAUCUCUUAAUUAAAAGUCAUCUACGUUUGUAUCGCUAAGGAAACAUGCAUGGAAUUUUGUCUUAUUCUGGAAAAUGAUUGGAUGAUAUUGAAUAAAUUGAUGAGAUCAUUAUUGGGAGAUUCUGGACCAUACAGCAAUUCAAACAUGGUAAACAUUUUAUAAAUACUCAAAAUUCCCCUGCAAACGAUGCCAUAUAGCCCAGUAAUGAACUUUAUGGAACAAAAGUUGUCUGAGUGUUGUCUUAGAAAGUGUUGCCUUAGAAAACUUGCAGUACAAAGCAUUAUAUACAGCUGAAUGUAUAAGUGAAUGUAUAAAAAAUAAAGAUGUGCAAUCCUCAAUAAAUGUACAGCUAUAUCAAUUCUUCAAUGUACAGCUGAUGGCAAGUUUACAGGUGUCUUCAGCUUCAUUUACAAUGUAUUUCUACAAAACUGUUUGAAACUAAGUAUUAGUUAGUAUUACAUGUUCUUCAAAAGCAGAAGUAUAUAUCUAUUACAUAAUUCAUGGGCAUAUGCAAUAUUGUAAAAUGGUGUUUUUGCAGCAGAUCGCUAAAUAAUUUUUGCUUAUUGUCCGUCCGUUUAAGCGAUACACUUGAACAAAUGAUUUGUAUAUAAAUUCAUAGUUUAGUUAUACAUGUGCUGUUGUAUGCCUACUUAGAAUGUGUAGAAGCAUAUUUGUAGUAUAUAUUAUAGAAAAAAUCAUAUAGAAAUGUUAAACAAUAUCAAAGUACAUGUAAAAUUGGGUCCAAUUAAUACCAUUUAAUACUUUAUACAGUACAUGUCUAGUGUCUUAUGGAAAACUAGUCUUAUACAAUCAGACUUGUUUUCUAUUUUUAGCUUCUUUAACCUUCAUCAUGUAUUAAAAGGUAUUGAAUGGUCAACUUUUUUAAUCAUUGUAAAAUGUAUGAAAACUGCUGUUAAUAAAUCACUGAUAUGAUGAAUGAAUUAUUUGUAUAAAGAUGAUUAUAUUUUGUAAUCAAAUUAUAUUACAAAUUAUAUAAAAAAAUAAAGAAUUAUAUUUACAAGAAAAUGAUGAGUUAAG